AAUUAGACUUCUCUGUAAGAUCUCUUGAAUCGCUCUCGCGGUACUAUGACGUCAUCCAACUGUCGGUUGUUGCUACGUUACAUCUCCUGAGUAUUCCACGUUGACACGUGACUAAAUGAGACGCGUCAAGCUCUUCUACAGUCUGAUUGGCUGAGCCACACUGAACUUUUGCUUGUGAAGAUGGUAAGUGUCGACUACUUGGAAAUUAUUGUAAUAUUUUUUGAAAAACAUAUUACUUGAAUAUGAAGCAAUAUUAAUAUCUUACAUUUCUUUCAGCAUAAACAAAACGUAUUUGACCAAGGGCAAUCAGCUCACCUCCCCUUACCUGGCAAUGGAAAUAGUGCUUUGGGCAUGCAUUUUACCCGGGCUAAAACACGAAGGGGAAAUGCUGAUGGAGAAGGAGAGGAUUCCGUACAGAAAAUUGCUGGUAAGGUGGACAGUCUCAAGCCUGUCAAACAACAUAUUCUCUGGAAGCAAAAGGCAGAGAUGCUCCAGUCUCGAGUGAAUGAGCUGGAGGAGGAAAAUGACUUUCUCAAGAAGCAGCUUGAAGAGAAGUCUGCAAAAGAACAAGAAGGGAAUAUUGAGAUGAUGGCCACUGAAGAUGAGGAGCCACAGGCCAUAAAAUUGGACUCCAGCACUGACACUACCACUGAUUCCAGUACUGAUUCAAGCUCUGACUCCAGCUCUAGCUCUACUUCUGACUCUUCAGAUGAGGACAAGAAGAAAAAGAAGCGUAAAAAGAAGAAUCACAAGAAUAGAAGCAAAAAAAGAAAUAAGGAAAACAAAAAGGUCAAGAGGUCAAACGGAAAAGGAGAGCGAGGUAUGGUAGACUCAAGACACACUGUACUUAUUACAAAUUUAGUAGGGGUGUAACGGUACACAAAAGUCACAGUUUGGUACGUACUUUGGUUCAGGGGUCACGAUUCGGUACGGGUUCAGCACAAAAGGAAAAAGCAACGAAUACUAAAAGCUGGGGAUCUUUUCUUUAAUUUUGAAAACACAGUAGUGCAAAUUAGUUUGUUCCAGUUAGUGACACCUCUCUGAGAUAUGACAUACUGCCUCCUUUAGUCUAUUAAACACGAAUAGAAUCAGGGGUUUUGCGAGACAUAAAUCUUUACUGGGCCUAUUACUUCUCUCACUUUUUCUUAAAAGCUUGCUGCAUGCAGAAGAAAGGAGCACAACGCUUGCUUAACCCACCUUACAUACACUGCAACAAGUAUUAGGAAAGGUAAACAGGUAUAAGUGUUGUCACGGUACCAAAAUUUUAGUAGUCGGUACCGAUACCAGUACAAAUUUACAGUUCUCUGUACCAUUUCCGGUAACAAAGCAAAACACAAAAACAUGCAAAUUAAACACAAUUUUAUUAAUAAAGUUACAUGUUAAUAUAAAUUAAUAAUAUAAAAGCAUUGCCAUUCUGUAUAAAAUGCAUUUGUUGCUGAAAGGUUUUAGCAGCUGUUGUCUGUGUGUGUUUGCUGGUGUCCUUCAUGCUGAUAAACAUUAUCCUCUG